AUGAGAAGCGCUUCUCAGUCAAACUUUUCCUCCAGUCCUGAUCUACAAGAGCAGAUGAGAAACCAGAUGAAAGAUCCAGCCAUGCGGCAGAUGUUCACAUCCAUGAUUAAAAAUAUGAGCCCGGAAAUGAUGGCACACAUGGGUGAACAAUUUGGUGUUAAGCUUUCACCAGAAGAGGCAGCAAAAGCUCAGAAAGUUGUCUCAUCCAUGUCACCAAAGAGCUUGGAUAAAAUGCCUCAAUCUGGCUCUAAAGUUUGUCCUCCAUCAUGA